AAUGCUUUGAAGUUAAUGAUAGUUAUCUAUAUCAAAGAUUAGGUAAAGGGUUUGGAGUAUUCGACUGUGAUAAAAAACAUGAUGAUUUGACUGGAGUUCUAGAAACGUUUAGAAAUUGGAUUCAAUUAGUAGCAAAAUUAGAUAAUGAGUUACAAAAACAGAAACUUAUCUG